AUGACGCAUGUAUACCCCCAUGUGCGCAUCCACCAAUACCUGCUUACACAGAUCUUUGGUGCAGAUACCGAUGUAGGAAAAACGGUCUUUUCGACGGCCCUGGCGCUUGCAAGUGCUGUGUGUCCACGUACGUCGUCCCAUGUCCCACGUACGCUAGCACCGCAGCCUGGCGCCGAGUCCGUGGUGUACGUCAAACCGGUGUCGACCGGACCUAUUGACGAUAUGGAUUCCAGGCACAUGCAGCGGUAUGCGCCACAUGUCAAUGCAGAGACUUUGCUCCAAUUUCGUGAGCCCAUCUCGCCCCAUUUGGCGGCUAUCCAGGAUGGUCCUUUGCCGGUAGAGGCUCAGGAUACGUCGAUUGUGCAGCGUCUCAGUACAUGGCUGCAGACACAGACGUCGACGACGCACGACUCAUCGAGGGCUGUGUACGUCGAGACGGCCGGUGGCGUGCAUUCGCCGGCGCCCAGUGGCUCCUCGCAAGCGGAUUUGCUACGUCCUUUACGCCUUCCCACCGUACUGAUUGGCUCCAGUGCGCUGGGGGGCAUUAGUACGACGCGAUCCGCGUACGAAAGCUUGGUCAUGCGUGGAUACGAUAUUGAUGCUGUGCUGCUCUUCGCGAAUGAGCGGUACCAAAACGAUUCGUACCUUACGCCGUACUUUGCCGAGCGUGGUGUGCGUGUAUUUACACUCGGCACUCAGCCUACAGGUGCACCGCCCUCGCGUGAUGUAGAUUCACGCCGGGAUCAGCAGCGUAUGCAGGCAUACUAUAUGGAUCUUGUGCAUGGCCUGCCUACGUCCACGUCGAACAUGCUGGACGUGGUUCGUCAUUUACGUACUCAGCAUGCCGAGCGCCUUGCGCGUUUGUCGACGCUGGGUGAGCGAGCGCAUGCGCAUGUUUGGUGGCCCUUUACGCAGCAUGCACGAAUCCCAUCGAAGGAUGUGAUGGCGAUUGACAGUGCGCAUGGGGACUUUUUCGCGACGUAUGCGCCCUCGGCCCCAUCGAAAGUGACGCCGGUCAUGGAUGGCUCCGCCUCGUGGUGGACGCAGGUCGUAGGACAUGGCCACCCCCGCCUUGCUCUCGCAGCAGCGCAGGCCGCCGGACGGUACGGCCAUGUCCUCUUUCCUGGCGCGGCCAACGAGCCGGCUGUCCAGCUAGCGGAGCGCCUGCUUGGUCGUACAUCGCAUACCAUCGCACCAGGACGCGGAUGGGCCGAUCGCGUGUUUUACUCUGACGACGGGAGCACGGCCAUGGAAGUGGCCCUGAAAAUGGCGCUUCAGUCUACAAUUCGCCGCUACGAUCCCUCGGCGGUGACAUCGGCAGCUACACGCGAACGUACGCGUCGCGGUCGCGAGCCAGGUUCGUUGGGUGGACGUCCGCCACGCGCCUACGAAGUGCUGGGCUUGCAAGGCAGCUACCAUGGCGAUACCAUCGGCGCGAUGGAUGCCUGUGAACCGAGUGUGUUUAGCGACCAUGUCGCAUGGUACCGCGGACGUGGCUACUGGAUAGCACCGCCAACUAUGCGUAUGCACAAAGGCAAGGUGCAGAUCGAUGUGGCGCCGACCGACGACUGGGCGUGGCGGCCCAACACAGAAGGGCCACUUGCCACGCUCUCGUCCCUAGCAGCGGCGUACGAUGUGGAGGCGCGUCUGACCACGCCCCUGGCCGACACCUAUCGUGCGUGUCUCCAUGCGACGCUCGAGCGAUUGGUGCGUGUAGAGCGGCGUCAGUUUGGGGCGUUGGUGUUGGAGCCUGUGGUGGAAGGCGCGGGAGGCAUGCUGUUCAUUGAUCCGCUCUUCCAGCGAUGCUUGGUCGACGUGGUACGUGCGCGAAGUGACUUGUUUGCGCUGCGGGAUAUGCCAUUGUCCGAUGCUACGUCCUCAUGCAAAACGGACCAGGGCGCAGGCUGGCGUGGUCUUCCAGUCAUUUACGAUGAAGUGUUUGCCGGUCUGUACCGCCUAGGCUUUGCGAGUGCAUCGAGUGUGCUGGGCGUCACGCCGGACAUUGCAUGCUAUGCGAAGAUCUUGUCAGGUGGGCUCAUCCCUCUCUCUGUGACGCUAGCUUCCAAUGCCAUCUUUGAUACGUUCCACAUAUCGGACGAGAAGCAGCAUGCGCUCUUGCAUGGGCAUAGCUACACAGCGCAUCCCGUGGGAUGCCAAGUCGCCUUGGAAACUCUCGAGAUGCUCGAAGACAUGCAGCCACAGCAGCCACUGGGCGGCAGUGUAUGGGAUGCAGAUGUGGUACGCCAACUCUCCUUUGCGCGAGGCAUUCAAGGCAUCAUGGCUCUCGGCACGGUCCUCAAAAUCGAGCUUGCGACGGAUGGCGCGAGCGGCUACGCGUCCGACGCCAGCGCUCAGCUCGUGCAGGCGCUGCGUACGCACGAUAUCCACGUCCGUCCCCUUGGCCACGUGGUCUAUGUAAUGACGAGCCUGACGACCCCUACGUCGGUGCGUCGGCGGAUCGAGUCGAUUCUCACGACACAGUUGCUUUCGUAG